AAGAAGCCAGCCAGAGGAGCAGUCGGAGGAGGAAGCCUCUGGUGAAGAUGCAGGACCGAAAAAGCCGCGUGGCCCCAGAUACACUGAGGCGGAAAACUGUGCUCUAGUGGAUGGCGUCGACAGGUCCUACGACGUUCUGUAUGGACCAAGGGCACAGACCACAGCAGCUAGGACAAAGCGAAACAUCUGGGAUGCCAUCGCAAGCCAAGUCACUGCAGUAUCUGGAAACCGCCGGAGCACCAGAAACUGCAUGAAGCGGUACCGUGAUUGCCGCAGACAGACCAAAAAGAAGAUGGGGAUUCAGCGCCGACAUGAGACCGCUACGGGAGGUGGACCGGCUCUCAAUCUGAAGUGGCUACCCUGGGAGAAUGUUAUUAGAAGGCGCAUGAACCCUGCUAUGGUCGAAGGAGUUCGCGGAGGUGUGGACUCUAGCCGUCCUGCUGGCUUUCCCGAGGAGGAAGAACCGCCCAGAAGACGGAAGAAGGCGGGAGAUAAGCAGUCCAAAAGGAGGCCUGAUGACAGGCCUGCCCAGAGGUCAUCACCUGCGCGCAGGACAUCGCCAGCGCGCGGACCGACACCUGCGCAGCAGGCAUCGACAGCAGCGCGUGGGCCGACACCUGCGCAGCAAGCAUCAGGAGCGCGCAGAUCUUCACCUGUGCGCCACAGAUCGUCAUCGCACAGUUUGUCACCUGUGCACCAGACGACGUCGGCGCGCAGACUAUCACCUGUGCGCCAGACAUCAGCGCACAGAACUUCACCUGUGCGCCAUACACCGUCGGCGACCACACCACAAGAUGGGCGCCAAACUACAGCUCCUGCGCGCAGGUCAUCACCAGAUCGUCGUAUCUCCAGGAGCUCUGGGACUGUGACUGAAGAGCCUCAAGACACAACCCUUGUGGACCCAUCACCGGAUCUGUUUGAGUCUACAGGGUUAACAGACGAGACUUUUCUUGGGUUUGAGGACAGCCGUGCAGACGUAUCCAGCCAGACCCUUGAAAAGUCUUCAGAUACGAGGACAAGUGAAGCUCCUGGAGCAGCGGCACCACAGGAUGGAGAAGUGGUGCCACGGACCAGCAGCGGACUAGCUUCGGGAAUUGGUUCCUACUACAGGCCGGAUCUCCUCCUACAGGAGUCGUCAGAGGAUGACGAGGUGGAAGUGCAGCAGGCUGCAGUUGCUACAUCCCUGUCUGCCCAAAUGCAAGUGGUGGCAGACGUCCAGGAAGGGCAGAAUCCCUCAACUGUUCAGAGGGUUCACACCCUGGCAUCGGAGAUUACUUCCCGCCAGGAUACGUACACAAAUGUCGUUGGAAGCAGACUGGACAACAUUGAGAGGACAAUGGAGAAGAUGUCAAACAGUCUGCUUGAAAUGCAGAAGGCUCUUGCCGACAGCACGGCCACAAUGCUACAGGUCAGAAUGGAAGAUCAUAGGGAGACUAUGGACGUCCUUCACAUUCUGGCCGAAUCCAUGAGCCGGCUCGUGGAGAACACAACAUGUCUGGCACACAGCAAUACCAACAUGUCGGAGAGCCAUCGACAAUCCUCAUCCAGCCAACAGCUCAUCGCAACCACACUGCAGAUGAUCUAUGACAAGCUCCCAGAACCAGCUCAUCAACACGCUGGUGAUCCACCAUUUCCGCCGUCACAAGCCACAAGGACGCCUCGUACCCUUCCUCAACUACCAUCCAAGUACAGACAGUCACAGAUGUACCAGGGAUAUACAGGGAUGUACCCCACCCACCAGAUGCCUCCACCACCGGCCGCCACAUCUACAGCCGCAUGGGCACAGAGGCCCAGUCAACGUACUACCCAGCCUCCCAGGACAUCGACACCCCACCCUCAGGAGGAACACCAGGAUCCGGACAGACUUCCACCAUAAGCCCGGUCGUAUUGUUUUAUUUACUUCUAUUAUGUUUUUCAUGUAUCCCUUUCUUCCCCUCCCAUUAGUUUUUUUUUUUUUCUUACUAUUGUUUUUUCUUUGUUGGGCUUCCCCACCCGUGACCGGGUACUACCAAGGAGCUUUGUGUAGGCAUACAUGCGCGGGCAUGUAUGCGGGCGCGUGUGGUAACGGAUGAAAGCUCCUUGUGGCUACAUGUAUGAUGGGCCAAAGAGCAAUUCUGAUACCACUCUUUUACCCAAAAAAUCCUUUUUGUAAUGGUGUACAAUAGGCUUUCACUGUUGUGUGAAUUUACUAUUCACUAGUGUGUGUUUUUGGCUUAUUCAUAGGAUUGGGUGGAAAAUUGAAGUGGACGGCAUAAGUUCGUGUUGUGCGUACCAAGAUAUCUAUCUACACAAGAAAAGAAUAUAAAGAAUAACAAACUACUUUUUUGUUUUAUUACCUUUCAAUUUUUAUUUCAAUAAUCAAAU